GGCCCGCGCCGCCUGGCGCCGGUCGGCCCGCUCUCAUGGCCUCCUCUCUCGGCUGUGUCGCUUCUAGGAUGGCGGAGGUACCGCCUGGGCCUAGCAGCCUCCUCCCACCACCAGUACCUCCCGCCCCGGCGGCGGCCGAGCCCCGCUGUCCGUUCCCGGCGGGGGCCGCGCUCGCCUGCUGCAGCGAGGACGACGACGACGACGAGGAGCACGAAGGCGGCGGCCGGAGCCCGGCGGGUGGCGAGGCCACGGCCACCGCGCAUCCGUGCCUCCGCUGCCCGCAGGCGCCUCUGGAGCAGCAGCAGCUCAACGGAUUGAUCGGUCCCGAACUGCGACACCUCCGGGCUGCCGCCUCGCUCAAGAGCAAGGUCCUGAGUGCGGCUGAGGCGGCCACAGCCACCCCCGACCGGGCCCCCAGAGUGACUGCCACAAAAGGAGCCGGGGGACACUCGGGCGAGAGACCUCCCCACUCGCUCCCCAACAAUGCGAGAACUGCGCUCCCAGGCCGGCCCCAAGCGGCGGCGGGCGACCCCACGGCAGCCCGCAAUGGACUGGCGGAGGGCACCGAGCAGGACGACGACGACGACGACGACGGGCAGGUGCGGCUGCUGUCUUCGUCUCUGACCGCCAGCUGCAGUUUAAGAAGCUCCCCGGGCAGGGAGGCCGAGCCCGGGGAGGAUCGGACGAUACGAUACGUCCGCUAUGAAUCCGAGCUCCAGAUGCCCGAUAUCAUGAGACUGAUCACCAAAGAUCUGUCUGAACCCUACUCCAUUUAUACCUAUAGAUAUUUUAUCCACAACUGGCCACAGCUGUGUUUCUUGGCUAUGGUAGGGGAGGAGUGUGUAGGUGCCAUCGUUUGCAAGUUGGAUAUGCACAAAAAGAUGUUCCGCAGAGGUUAUAUAGCCAUGUUAGCCGUGGAUUCCAAGUACAGAAGAAAUGGCAUCGGUACUAACUUGGUAAAGAAAGCUAUAUAUGCCAUGGUUGAAGGAGACUGCGAUGAGGUAAGUGUUGUUUUGGAAACAGAAAUAACAAAUAAGUCUGCUUUGAAACUGUAUGAAAAUCUUGGUUUUGUUCGAGAUAAGAGGCUGUUCAGAUACUAUUUAAAUGGAGUUGAUGCACUGCGACUUAAACUGUGGCUACGUUGAGAAACUGACAUCAAGGAACAACUCCCAACUACGUGGAAUCGACUUUUGCAUGCAAUGCAAUUUAUACAGAAUUGCUUUGCAGGUGGAUUUAGUAAUUCCCAUGCAGCUCUUAUCUGUCAGUGUCUCAUUGAGUGUCGCACAAUAUUUGUUGCACUUUGGCAUGGCGCAUUUGUUCUGAAUUAAAUGAGAUUGUUUUAAACUUCAAGAGUUCUUUUGGUACCAACAAGAUGUGCCAGUUGAUAACCAAGAUACGUUCAUUUACAAAGUCUGCUGACAAUGUUAUUUACAUAGUGAUCAUUAUAUCACAGAACCAGUAAGUUGGACAUGAAUUUUGUUCCUUAAAAAAGCCAACGUAGGUUGUAAAAGUCUCUUAAGUAUAUUAACUUUUCACACAAACCUGCCAUAGUUUUCUGAAGGGGGUGAGGGAAAAGCUUCAAUUUAGGUUUUAUUUUUUCAAUAUUAAAUUUUCCAUUCUUGAAUAUUGGUACCUCAGUGAUUAGUGAAUGAAAAAAUUGUAGGGUGGGCUAUGUCUUACAAUGAGUAAAGAUGACAAUUAAAUUGCGUCUGCCAGUGCCUGUGUAGAUAAGUAUUCUUGUCUUCAUCUCUAGUUUUGAAUGCAUGCUGUCUUUUCCUUUCCUUUAACACCUUUGCAAGCAAACUUUGUUUUUAUUUAAAUUCUAAAUUUGAUAAUAAAUUAUUUCAGAUUUUUAUAAUUGGGAUACUUUUUCCAGGUGAGUGACAGAGUGAUUUACUUUAGAAGUUCCUUACAGUAAGAAGUUGAAUCUGCUUGGGAAAUCUUUGAGAAAUGGCUCAAAGGGUGGAGAAGGUUGAUGGCGCUGGGAAUUGCUGGGUUUUGGAUGCACUUUUUUGUUUUUGAGACUGGGUGAAGUUUUGGAAAAUAGAAAAUAAAUGUAAAUUGGUAUGAUUUUAUUUAAUCAAAAUGAUUGCUAAGCUGUGAAGAGCAGCUUCUAUAAAGUAGAUGGAAUUUUUUUUUCUACUUUAUUUCAAUUCACAUUGCUUCCAUUUCUGAAAAUGCUUUACUUUGGUUCUUGGUCUUGGAAAUAAGUUUCAAGGAGCAUUGUAUCAAUUUUAGGCUGCAUUUAUUUUCUUUUUACUCAUAUGAGCAGAUUCUUGGGGAGCUUUGCUUUGUUCAUCCAUAAAGACGAAAGGAGUUAAAAAAUUUUUAAUGAGUUUUUGGGUUUUCUGAGCAGCCAACAUGUUUAUUAAUUUCAAUGUAUUUUGGCUAAUCAGUGCAGUGUUAAUAAAUUUUAGUUGACUGUUUUGAGUCAGUAAACCUGUGAUGGAUAAUUUAUUUAACUGGAAAACCUAAGUACUCAUAAGAAAAAGAUUCAUUUUCUGAAAAGUGUUUUGUAGGAAUCUGGAAUCUGUGUUGCUGUUACUUUCAUUUGAAUAUGCUUUUCCUCUGCCCUAGGACUCGGCUUGAAUUUUACGGCUGUAAUUACUGUAUUUUUAAAAACCCUACCUCCAUUAACAAUUGGUAAAGGCCCCUUUUCAGGAAAGUUUGUUGCUUUUUUUUCUUUUUUUGUUUUUAAAGGAAAGCUGCUCUUUUGCUCAGUAUAGUGUUUUGCAAGUGAACAUGGUAACAAAUACUUUUAAAAUAAAAGAUACACAACUUACAUUUGAUGAAAAUAAAAGCUUCCUGCUGGUGGGAUCAUUUGUAAUUCCUUAUUUUAAAGAAAAUGCUGUCUUUCUGUUUUAUAUUGCUCUUUAGAGUUGAACGCACAAUAUUGGUAAUAUUAAAAAGGGAUGAACACUAGUAAUUAGCUUUUCUGCUGACCAUUUUAGCCUGGUUUUGGUCAAACUUCAUUUGGGCUCUAGUGUUUAGAAGAAUGCCAGUCAUCAUGAUGCUUCUGCCAUUAUUUUCGGUGUGGAGGAAAGUAGGUUAAAACUGUAUACUUGAUUUUAAAAAAUCAUCAAAUUUUAUUGCACCCGUUUAUUUGAUUUGCUGUUUCAUAGGUAACGAUUGUUGAUGAACAUUUGCUUGACUCUAAUAAGUAUAGUUGUAAAGUAGAUACAUGCUAGACUUGUCAGUUCAAAAGUUCUGUUCUAUUAGGUUGUUGGUGAAGCCAUCAUUACUCUCCUUAACUUCAGAAUUGCAGAAUUAACUGAAAUGAUUGCCUGAGAGUUUGUGAACAUGACCUUAGUUAACUAUGUGACUGAAAUGUCAGGUCAUUACAGUACUGCUCAACUGGUACGCGUUGCGUAUCUGCGUAUACUGGUAUGUUUUUAAUUGCGUGAGCAAAAUUUUUUUUUUUUACCUAAAUUCUGACCUCUAGCAUGAUAUAACCUAUUACCAAAACUAAAAGUCUCCAUUUAAGUUAAAUUUCUUCAAACAUUAAUUUGAUAUUAGGCUUUCCUUUUUCUUUAGCUUAGUUUCAUUUAUAAUUGACAGUGGGUUCACUUUUGCUAAAACUGAGCAAUUUGUGCAGCUUUCUUUUAAUGGGGUGCUGUUUCUUUAAGACUGACUGUACUGUCCACUGACACUGGUUUGGCAGUUGGUACUGCUGAACAUUUCACACAUGCUACCAUGAAGCUACAUAUGUUCGUAUUGAAGAUGCUAACAGGUAUACUACCAGUUUUGAUGUGUGGGCUGAUUGUAAUUGCUUUACAUUGGGGUGAAAUUACUCAAUUCUAGUGAAACCAGAAGUCCACAGAUCAUAAAAUACAGUAGUGUUUGAAGUGGAAGCCAGCAAAUAAGAAAAACGUUACUAUUAAAAAUUGGUUUUAAUAUUUCGACCUCACUUCAAAUUACCCCAACCCCUCCUCCACAUACCCACACAUGCUUGCUUGACAAAUCUAUGUAAAGAAGUUUGUCAUGUUUUAACUCUACCUUGCCCUGUGUUAUGGUAUUGGCGAACAUGUACAAGACUGAAUGUGUGUAUUUAUUAUGGUGUCUAAAAAUCAUGAGGGUCAUCACUUUCCAGAAGCAUAGAGAAAAUCAGCUUGGUAGUACAUCAGAAUUACUUCUCAGUGCACCUUGACAUCACUAAAAUGAGCACUAUAUUACACGACUUUCAGGUUUGUGAAUGUCACCAUGUUAUAUUGAUGUCAGAUAUGAGUUGAGUAUCUAUGAAAUAUCACGUGUAUCUCAAUAUUGGACUGCUGUUUGGACUGGAUAUUGCUGCAUAAUUUUCUCCUAUUGUCCCCAUCCUUUUGGGGAGAGAGACAUUUAAUGGGAUUUGAAAUGUGCAAGCUGUCUAAAAUAAGAUGCAGUCAAAUAAAGUAUGGUUAAGUUGUGUUUGCAUUUUUCUUUAAGA